CUGAAUUCGGAGCUGGGGCACUUUGCCGUGAGCCUGCAAAUGAAGCAGAUGUGCUUGUGCAUUUCUGUAGCGUCUGGACGUUUUUGUACCAAAGGUGAUAACGCCUUCCUUCAUCUGUGAUUUUUUUCCUUUUAUUUUGCACGUAUUUUCCACAAAGGGAAUGAAAUGGAAAAGUUAAGGAAACAUAUAUCAGUGAAAGAUGAAGAUCAGUUUUAUCAUCAGGGAGCUGUGGAGUUGCUGGUCUUUAACUUUCUGCUCAUUCUUACAAUAUUAACAAUUUGGUUGUUUAAAAACCAUCGAUUCCGCUUUCUGCAUGAAACUGGAGGAGCCAUGGUUUAUGGCCUUGUAAUGGGAUUAAUUAUACGAUAUGCAACAAAACCAUCAGAUGUUGAAAGUGGAACUGUUUAUGAAUGUGAAAAGCUGAAAUCUGGGCCAUCCACUCUACUCAUUAAUAUAACUAACCAAGUCUAUGAAUAUCAAUACAAAAGAGAGAUCAGCCAUCACAAUGUCAACGGUCACCAAGGCAAUGCAAUUCUUCAAAAGAUGACAUUUGAUCCUUCUAUCUUCUUCAACAUUUUACUGCCACCCAUUAUAUUUCAUGCUGGAUAUAGUUUAAAAAAGAGGCAUUUUUUUCGUAACUUAGGAUCAAUUUUAACCUAUGCCUUUUUGGGAACUGCUAUCUCCUGCGUUGUCAUAGGACUGAUAAUGUAUGGCUUUGUGAAGGCCAUGGUACACAUUGGCCAGUUAAAAGCAUGGGAAUUCCACUUUACUGACUGUUUAUUUUUUGGAUCACUGAUGUCUGCCACAGACCCAGUGACAGUCCUUGCUAUUUUCCAUGAGCUGCAUGUUGAUACAGAUCUGUACACACUCCUUUUUGGAGAGAGCGUCCUAAAUGAUGCCGUGGCUAUCGUGCUGACAUACUCUAUAUCCAUUUACAGUCCCAAGGAGAAUCCUAAUGCAUUUGAUGCCGCUGCUUUCUUCCAGUCGGUAGGAAAUUUCCUGGGAAUCUUCGCUGGAUCAUUUGCCAUGGGCUCCUCUUACGCUGUUGUGACAGCUUUAUUGACAAAAUUUACAAAGCUGUGCGAGUUCCCCAUGUUGGAGACAGGUCUGUUUUUCCUCCUAUCUUGGAGUGCCUUCUUAUCAGCAGAAGCUGCUGGUCUUACAGGUAUUGUUGCAGUCCUUUUCUGUGGAGUCACACAAGCCCAUUACACCUACAACAACCUGUCACCAGAUUCCAAAAUGAGAACUAAACAGUUGUUCGAGUUCAUGAAUUUUCUGGCUGAGAAUGUCAUCUUCUGCUACAUGGGACUCGCACUAUUCACGUUCCAGAAUCACAUCUUCAAUGCGUUGUUUAUAUUUGGUGCAUUUGUGGCAGUUUUCAUAGCAAGAGCAUGCAACAUAUAUCCACUUUCUUUCCUUUUGAACUUGGGUCGAAGACAAAAGAUUCCCAGGAACUUUCAGCACAUGAUGAUGUUUUCAGGUUUACGUGGUGCAAUAGCAUUUGCACUGGCUAUUCAAGACACAGAAUCCCAACCAAAACAAAUGAUGUUUACAACGGCACUACUUGUUGUAUUUUUCACAGUCUGGGUGUUCGGUGGGGGCACAACACCAAUGCUCACAUGGCUUCAGAUCAGAGUUGGUGUAGAUCCAGAUGAAGAUCUGAAAGCAGAAGCUGCAAACCAGAGAGUCUCUAACUUGGAUAAAAAUACAACCAAAGCUGAGAGUGCCUGGCUGUUCAGAAUAUGGUAUGGAUUUGACCACAAAUACCUAAAACCCAUUUUAACCCACGCUGGUCCACCUCUUACGACAACAUUACCCGAAUGGUGCAAUCCUGUCGCCAGGCUUCUGACGAGCCCCAGGGCAUACGGCGAUCAGCUGAAGGAUGAUGACACAGAUUAUAUCGUAAAUAAUGAUGAAUUGACGGCAAACUAUGAAGCCUCUGCUCGCAUGCCAGCGCCAGCACAGGACACAGACUCCACCCAGGCUCCAGGAAAGGAGGACAUUCACGAAGGAGACCUCGGAUUAGGAGGGUACAAACUCCAGCUUGAACGCACUCCAGGUCAAUCCCAGCUGAAUUCAUUGGCAUGAACAGUGUAAUUGUAAUUGCAAGAAAUUCAAGGAAAGAAGAGAAAUAAAAGGCCCGCUAUCAUGCAAAGAAGGGCUAGAAAAAUGUACUAAGCACAUAAAUUGAAGGAAAAAUCUUACUAGUUCAAUCCCUGUUCCCCUACAGAAUAAGUUUACCAUCGCCCAUAUACAUACAACAUUCAGGUUUUUGACUGUGGCAAUUCUUAUGAAAAAGAUGUAGGGUUCUGCCUGCCCAUUGUAAAUACAGUAUAGCUAUAUAUUGCCUCAGAUUAUGCUCGACUGUAUCAUGCCCCUCAGUCACACAUGCAACAAGGCCUAUGAACAUUGUCCACGAUCUUAAAUCAACGGGAACGGAGAGAAAUAUCUGGCUAACGUACUCAUGCCCACAUGAUCACACAACUUUGCACAUAGCUGCCCCUAAGUAGAUCCACAGAUCAAGUAGGGGAGUCUUUAUAAAAAGAGCAAGUAUUUAGCAGCUCCUCCUCUUUUCAGAGCACUAAGAUGGAUUUAAAAAAAAACAAAAAACAAAUCACACACACACACAGGCAUCUCAAUACUCAGAGUUGAAACAUCCAACUUCAUUUCACAUCUCUUGCUGCCUAAGGUUUCUGCAGCCCCAAGACUCCCUACACUUUCUUUGGAAGGACAAAAGUAAAUUGAUGCACAAAAGCCUGUGCACAGAAAUGCCCUGCUUAAGGCAGCUAGUAGGAGACAGCUAAGGAGUGGGACUGUGUCCCAAAGCCCACCACUCCACACAAGCUGCAAGGAGGUUCCUAGCCAGGACGCAAACAUCUGAACGCUUUAUUCAGAAAGAGCUAGCAUAGAUAUUUUCGAUCAGCGGUGCCGUUUUACUCAGCAUUCCUGAGAUCAAGAUUUCCUACAUCCAAAACAUCGGAAACAGCCUCCAUUCUCGCCUCUGCCUGGUGGAGCUUUGAAACUGCAUCUUCGACACUUCCUCUGUUGAGGGUGUCCCACUUAGCAAGGAUCUAUAAAAGCAGCUGGGAGGAAAAAGAGGAUGAACGAGCAAGCGCGUGUGUGAGCAUGCGCGUGUGCAAGAGGAAACAGCCAGUCCGGUAAAUGCCAGUAGCGAUUACACUCAUAUGGGAGUAGGGGGAUAUUCUUUGUCCAGUGACUAUGUGGUAUAAAAAUAUUUAAAACAUGUUGCAGCACUUCAAACUUUUGGUAGGUCAAUCUCCUUCAUGCUUACAGAGCGUGGCCUUUUCCAGACAACCAGCCCAAGACGUACCUUCUAAAAAGCGCACCUUAUAGCCUGGUGCCCCGCAGAUUGCCACUGUCCAGUCUGUGGCACCCUGGUGCAAUCUGAGACAUUGAAGCUAAUGAAAUCCAGGACAGACCCCUUUGCAUUGUGGCAUUCAAUUGGCAAGACCACUAUUUAGAGAGCAAUUAUUGCACAAGGCAUUUGUCAUUACAGCAUCGCAGCAUACACGACUUGCAUGCUGGAAACAGUUUUGUUCUUGUUUUGUAGAUUCACUUUAAACAUAUGCUUCGAUUUAAGCAGCUACCUGCUUGGUUUUGUAUUGUUUAAGGAAUAUGAGUUGUUUCUAAUCAAACAUUCCUGCAAAAGAGCUAUACCUUAAAACUGGAUACUCCAAGGACAGAUGCAUACUUUGACGCGUUUGUGUUGGGUGUUCAAUGCUGCACUAGUCAGGAGGACAGUGGUAGAUACCUAACACUCUUCUUGGUUUUUAUAUGAAAGUAUCAAUUGUGUCUGCAUAAAUGCAGUAACUGAAUAGUCAACCACAUGCAGCUAACUGCCAUAUGCUAUUAUCAAGCAUUUGUACAGACCAGCAUUUGCACACAUCAACGGGGUACCACAAACACAGGGAUGGAGCCAGGCUUUUGUUGUUGGCCCACAUACCUUUUCCCACCUCAGAAGUUUCAACUCAGGCCCUAAGCUGCUUAUCACUGUGCAGGAAAAGUAUACCUAAGUGACAAAGUUAAACCAUGAGAAGUUUUUAAUAAGGUCAUUCUUAACACAGAGAAAGACAGUGAGCAAAGAAAUUUGUAAUCUAUAAGAACAAAAGUCAUCUCCAUGAACGAUCAUAAAGCUGAAUAGGUCUUGAUUUUACCACAGAUGGGAGCUGAAAUACAAACUAAAAUAUAAUCAAGUUAUCAUCAUUCUUUUCUGGACUAAUUAAUUACUGGUUAGAUAUGAAUCUAUAGCAACUGCUUAAAGCAUAAAUUCAAACACUGAGUUCUAUAUGCUGUAAUGAGAGAUCAGAAGCUUUAGCUGGCAUUUUAUUUUUCCCCCAAAUACUAAUCAAGGAACUUCAGAGGAUCUUAGUCCCCACAUGGUGUAGAAAUCAGGCAUGAUAACAAGUCUCAAGGAAAAGUAAUGAAUUUCCACCUCGCUGCUUUGCCAUGUCGAGCUGCAUUGUAGUAGGAAAAGAUGCACAGAGGGCUGCAAGAAGGAACGGAGAUAGGAUGAGGAAGUGCGGUUUUAUGGCGUAUUAUUUUGCAUGCUGCAGCACAGAAUAAGAGACGGCAAAGACAGCAGGAGGCAGGACAAGCAGUUGAGACACACUCCAGCAAGGGGAAAACAGGGCAACAGAAUGAGAAGGGUAUUAUCAUGGGGACUAAUGCAGUCCUGAUUUUCUGAUUUCAAUCCUCAAAAGUAUUAAGUAAAACUCAUCAGGCUUCCUUAGGAAGCACAGAUUCCAGUCCGUAGAUGACAGUGAAACCAAUACUCUGUACCAAUGUUUUGAAGAUGCAAAGCUGUUUUUCACAACUGCUACAUGAACUGGAAAUGACAAGCUCUUCACCAGAAGUCCUGCACUUAACUUAGAGCUAUUCUGAAACGCAUCCUGUGGCAUGCUCUGUGGGGUUCGUACUGGUUUAUUUAUUGUGCCUAAUGUCCAAACGCCUCAGACUUGUGAUGUGCGCUAAAUUGAGAGCUCUGGGGGCUGAAAUCCUCUGUUGAGCAAUAGGGAGAGGCAGUAGUGAAAACACCGCACGGUCCCAUCUGUUGGCCUUAAAGGCUUACUUGGUGGAGAAAGUCACCUCCCGCAACACGAGAGCUCGUUCUUCAUGUCCUCGCAGGCCAGAUCGUCGUAUGCUAAGGCUGUCGAGAAGCUGAGUCAGUGGUCCCAGCAAGAUGGGCAUGUAUCCCCUGGGGCCAUGCUCAGCAAGCAAAACAUGAUUGGUUUUGAAAAAAGCCAAUAAUUUGAGCAACAAGCAAACCUGAAACUUCUAUUAAGUAACAAUAAAAGACUGUGAUCCAUUACACUAUUCAGUCUUGCCAUUUCCUAAUUUUAAGAUAUUCUUUUCACAGCAUACGGUUCAGGAGAGCCAAAACAACAUUUGAAUACAAAUACAUCUUUUGUUCUAAUAAGAAUCACUGGGAACUAGUAAUUCUAUACGACUGUUUAAACAGAGUAAUGGAUAUUAAGAGAGGUCCUUAAUGUUAAUUUACAGUUCAUAGGCUGGAGAUUUAAACUACUUAAUAUCACACAGUGUUUGACUGAACAUGCAAGUCACUCAUGAUAAACGUGAAGCUAUUCUUCCUAUCUGACUUAAUCUAAUAAAACACUGCUUGGAAAAUGUGAUGUAAAAUACAUUGUCAAAACGUAGUUACUGCAUACAAAGGCCAAAACAUUAGAAUAGAUGGAAAUCUGUAAUAUUGCUAAACCUUUCAGGUUUC